AAACUGCAGAAUCAACAACUACACAAUCUACAGGGCUCCUCCACGACCCAACAUCCUUACUGUUAGUAUUAUUACACUCUCGCUCACUUACACUCUCUCUGCGUCCUCCUCCAGUGCCAUCCAAUCGCCACGAUACUGCCAGCCGCGUUGGUAUGGCGGCUUCCCGCCUGCGAUCCUUCAACUGCGCUCUUCCACUCCCGACCGCCGCCCUUCACAUGCGAGUGUGAGUGAAUGCGUGCCUCUCCUUUGCCUGGUAACAAGCACCGCCUGCGCGCUUUCGCGCCUCGCGCUGGUAAACCGGAGCACAAUGCUACUUCACCGCAUCAAAGGUUAUUCUCGCGUGCGCCCAAAACAAAAGCCCCGGUUGUUGUUCCUUGGCCGGUCCUUUCGAGACAAUCGCGCCGUCUUCCCACCGUCCGCUCUUAAAGAUCACCUUGCUUUCCGCUUCGUGUCCUCCUGCAGCCGUGACCAAGGCUCUUCUUGAUCGACUCAAGCAUGGCAGAUUCCCGUGGCAAACAAGCGACCACGAGCGGGAGCCUGAAUCCUCGUGAUGCUGCGAGCGUGCAAGACAGCAAUUACACUUCUCAAUAUUUCGUCGGCGGUCGACGGCGGGCCUGGAUGAACUACACAUCUGACCAUGGACCUUGGAAUCCACCAUCACGUCCAAUUGCUCCCAACCGCACCAUCACGUUGCAACGACCUCCCACACGCGAAUCUCAGCCUAGUGAAGAAGCAGGAACAACUCCCAGCGCAGUCGCGGAGUUAGAUGGACCACAACCUGAGACUCAUGCGACCUCCGCCGAUCCUACGUUACUAUCUAUCAUUGGCAAUCCCAAUUCAAGAGAAGGACAGCAGGAACACGCGGAAGAAAGCACAGAUCUUCCUCAGAACGCCAACAUACAGUCUAGCGCUACCAGUGUUCCCCAGGCCGGCGCUAUGACUACGGCUUCGGUGUUGCAAGCACCGCCGCAAAAUGUUCAGGGCUCUGCGCCUCCAAAAGGCACUUCUCCGGCCAAAAGAAAGCGUCUCUCUGAUACCGAACUGACUUCCGAGCGGAGAGUUCGAUCAGUAUCCCGCCAUGUUGGUGGAGCCAUAACUGGUCCGCCCGCGACUCCUGCCAAUUCUUCAACUUCUUACAAGGGCGCAAUCCUAACCGCGUUAUUUGAUACCUGUGUCGCAACGAUCCAACAACCACUGCUACCUACCGAUUCGUCCAGACUCUUGAUGCUGCGUGAUGCUUGCCAAUUGGAUGACCGGUAUUUCCUGGUGCUGAACUCGACCUAUUUGUGGUGGAAUGAAGAUCCUACGAGAGUUCCCGGUCUGGGAAAGCGGAUGUACGGCUACGAGAUUUUGCAGACGCUGGUGCCACCUAAUAAUGUUCUCUCUGUCGCAGUGGUCGAUCUCUGUAAGGUAUUCUCGCAACGGCUACCGCAACACCUUCCUGAGCUGCGAUAUGACGCGGUAAGAGAUGCGUACAGAGAUUACCUCCACCACCUUUUGGAUUCUUUGGGAACGGGAUACGAUCACCUUAGGGACGAUUCGCUGAAGGCAGGCAUCCCACCAUGCCCUUCGCAAAUGCAGUUGGCGUUGUCGGUUGCCUCGCCUGUUCUCCAAAAGCUUAUCUUCUGUGCCAUCCUCCGCUCUGCCUCUGCAGACAACAACUGGAUUCAGCUGGCAUUGACCCUCUUUCAGGAGUUUCAAACUAGAGCUCCCAUCCCGGACGGGCCCGAUGCGCAUGAUCAACGCCGCGCGAUAAUUCUGGAAUUCGGUCAGAGAUACCGCGCAUUGCACGCCCAUUAUGUCAAUUUCAAUCAUCAGAUGACUUUGGGUGCGUCGCAGUUUCCGCAGGGAAUGUAUCAGAACCAGCCUACAAACUUCGGUAUGGGACCUUUGCUGCCGGCGCAAUCGCUCUUGGAUGCGCGUAUCUACCCAGGAAAUCAAGCUGGACAAUUCUCUCCAACCCAGCAGCUGACUUUCUCUGUACCAGCAGGUUAUCCGACAGCUCCAGCCAUUGCUCAACAAGUCUUGCCGUCGCCGCCGAUAGUUCGGGAGCCACCUCGUUUCAAUUCCCAGUCUCCUUUCUCUCCUGCUGCCAUGAACCACCAAGCAGCGCCAAUGGUCUCAAAAACCGUGUCAACAGCUCGUCCUGUGGCCCGGCAAACACGACCUUCCAUUACGGCGCGGGCUCUUGGGACUACAGCGGCUCGUUCUUCUAACCCUCCACAUUAUGCGCCCCAGCCUCCAAUGGCCUCCCAACCCCAGUCCCCCGUCCAAUUCGGGACGAUGGCUAGACAACCUGCAGCGGUAGCACCGGCACUGCCUUCACCUUCCCAGAUGAACUCGGCCGGGGUGACCCAUCCAACCUCCCUCUUCCCGCCUGCCACGUACACUUUGCCGAUCCUAGCGCAGCCGGACCCAGAUAAGCGAGCCAUGCACCAGGCCCACCUGGCUGCUCCGAAGUACAUCAAAGUCGAUUGUCCAGAGGCAAAGUAUUACCAGUACGUCGAAGACAUUAGGGAGCUGCCUCAACUGCUCCGUGCAACAACUGAUUUGGUGCGGUGGACUGUUCACAUCUCACCAGAUGUCUGGGCCCGGAAGGCGGAAACAAUGUCACCUGUUGGCGAAUUCAUGGUCAAACAGCGCAAGAUCAAGAAUGGCUCUGUACAGUUCCGAAUGAAGUGCAUAGCACUCGAUGACAGUGCUGAAGCACCGAUGCCGAGCCUUUCAGACUUUUGCGCUCGACCGACAACUUGGCCCAAAUAUCUGUCGAUAUCCAUCAAUGGUGACUUCGGCGUCGACUUUCGCCGCAAGGCACUCCAUGGUGUUGAUCUGCCUACGGAUGUCACCGAUCUCCUCAAGUUCGGGGACAACGAGAUCGUCGUAUGCACCGCAUCCACUCCCGCAGAAUCAAAGACGAGUUAUCUGUUGGCAGUUGAGAUCGUGUGCGUUUCCACCCACGAAACCGUGCGGACCAUUCCAAGUCGUAUCGGAGCAGAAGAGUCUCUGACCAGUGUCACCAAGGUCUUGAAAGGCGGCGACAAAGAACAACCUGCAAACGGAGCCGACGACGACGAAGAUGACGUGGUCAUUGCACAAUCCGUCUUGAGUAUCGACCUCGUAGAUCCCAUUACCUCUGUUGUAUGGGUCACGCCCGUGCGCGGAAGAGAGUGCCAGCAUCGAGAGUGUUUCGACCUGGAAGCAUUCCUGCUCAGUCGAACGAGCCGUGACAAAAAGAAUGCCGAUGUGACGGACCCCGACCAGUGGAAAUGUCCGAUCUGCCGCAAGGACGCUCGGCCUCCGAUGCUAGUCGUGGACGAAUUUUUGCUCCAAGUCCGUCAGCAGUUACAGCAGCGAAAUCAGCUCGAAGAGGCAAAGGCAAUUCUGGUCAAUGAAGAUGGUUCCUGGGACGUGAAGCUCCGUCGUGGCAUUUCUGCAGUGCGGUCUAAAACUACAGCAACGGCAGCCAACAUAGUAAACGGCUCAAAAGCACAGUCACCAGCAAAGGUGACGUCUAAAGCAGGGUCGCCUCAAGAAGCGGAGUUUGAGACUGCUGCUGCUGCUGGAGACAAAGCUGCUUCUGCAACCCCUACAGCAGGAGUCUCUGCAACUCCACCUCCCGAUUCCAUCGUUGUUCUGGACGAUGAUGAUGACGAAGUGAUGAAUUGACGAUCGACACGAUGGUGAAGAUGAAUUUUCUUCUUCCUCAUGUUUUGCCUUUUGGCAUUCAUUCGCGGUGCCUUUUUGAGAUGUGAUGUUCUUUUUUUUUGGUUUGCGAGAGAUACCCCUUUUCGCAAAAUUGUUUGUUGGUGUGUCGAUAUCGUGUUUGGGUAAUUGGGCGGCGUUUGAGUUCACAGACUCGGUUGGAGUCUGGUUCAAAAAGUUUUGGGGGCAUUGUUUCUUUUUGCUCCUGGUAAUUAUGUCGAUGCAGUGGAACGAUAGAAGGCAAUGGAGCCACUAUGUGUUUGAGUUCGGGGAUAGAGAGAGGAUCGCUUGCUCUACCAGCCAGUGCUUGUUACUUUUGUCCAACCCACAUCGUCGCUGCAGCAAGCAGUAGAGGCAGGGCUACCAAGAGUCGCCUACCAUGUCAGAUGUCAAAUAGUCGGAUCGAGCAUGGUCGAGACAACAGAGUCUCGUUACAGAAAAGUAAUAACAAACAAUAAAAAUUGUAUGAGUAAAAAUCAAG